AUGUCGUUUUUCAAUACAAUCAAGGGCCUAGGUAGAAGCUCAAAAAAGAACAAGAAGGAUGAACAAUCAUCGCUAUACUCACAUUCAAAUAUAUCAGGUAAUACUCUAAGGAGGACACAAUCACCCAUCAAAGCACCCUCAUCACCAUCCAAACACUCAGCAUCACCUGCACGGGGAGGAGUAGGAGCAGGAACAGGUGGUGUUGGUGUCCAGGGUAUACCGACAACAGGAAGAAAUCAAACAUCGACGUACCAAGGUUCGCCUUCAAAACGAUCUAGAGCUGUCAACAAUAAUAACCUACAACAACGACUGCCACAUAAAGCGUCAGUUGCAUCAAGAACACUGCAACUGACCAUCACUGAACCACCUUUAUUCAUGUGUGAACCAUACGUCAAAACUGCAUUAGUUAAAGGCUCGUACAAGACCAUUGUCCAACUUCCAGCAUUUGUUGAUUUGAAUGAAUGGUUAGCAUUAAACAUUUUUGAAUUUUUUGGCAACUUAGACUCAUUUUAUGGACUAGUUUCCGAAUUUGUUUCACCUGAAGAAUUCCCCACUAUGAAUGCCGGUCAAACGAAUUAUCUAUGGGUUGAUGGUACGGGACAAGCGGUCAAUUUGCCUGCUUGCCAAUAUAUCGAAUAUGUCAUAACAUGGAUUUCAAACAAGAUCAAUGAUCAAGAGACUUUUCCGACAAAGACCGGUGCAGUUUUUCCACAAUUUUUUAUCAAGGAUGUAAAGAAUAUAUCACGACAAAUGUUUCGCAUUUUUGCAUUCAUUUAUUAUAAUCAAUUUGAUAAGAUUGUUCAUUUGAGUUUAGAAGCUCAUUUUAAUUCAUUUUUCGCUCAUUUUGUUUCUUUUAUCAAGGAAUUUAAUUUAUUAGAUAAAAAAGAAUUGGAACCUUUACAACCUUUGAUUGAUGAAUUUGAAGCUCUGGGGAAGAUCAAUUGA